UUGUGUGUUUGUGUGUGUGUGUGUGUGUGUGUGUGUGUGUGUGUGUGUGUGUGUGUGUGUGUGAGAGAGAGAAAGAGAGAGCAAGAGAGAGAGAGAGAGAGAGAGAGAGAGAGAGAGAGAGAGAGAGAGAGAGAAAGAGAUAGAGAGAGCGAGAGAGAGAGAGAGAGAAGCAAGAUGAUGAAGAAGGUAUCAUUGUGGACAUUCUGGACUCCUUUACGUCGCUGAAUCAGCCUGUCUCUCUCGAAGGAAUAUCAGGACGGGACUCCCUGCUGUGUCGGGUUCAGAGCUCAGAUCCGGCCCGGAUCCUGAGGUCCCGGGACGUGAUGUAUUCUGUCAUGGUCCCGGGAAACUGACGCAGGUUAACGCAAAUCAUGGCACAGCCGGAUGACUUGGAGAACGCAGAGAGAGCGUCUGCUGACAGCGCCGCCGUGACCACCGCCGCCUCCACGCCGACACCCACCACGGUCCCAGAGUCCGGCCCCCCAGACCUAGAGGUGGUCUCCGUGACCGAGGAGGAGCUCCCAUCAGUCGAGACCCCAAACACUCUGAACGUCAGCCCUCUGGGGAGCCCCACUGAGAGCCCCACCACAGCAAAAGAGCCCCGUGGAGCGGAGGAGGGCCCCCCAAAGGCCCCGUCCAGCCCCACAAUGCCCGUCACCAAGGUGCAGCCCUUCAUGAACGAGAAUGAGAUGGAAGACAAGACGUGGAAGGGCAGACUGCUGGCCCAUCAGACCGAGCUGCUGAUCGCCGCCGCGGUGCUCGUGGUGCUCCUUCUGGCGUUCGGCAUCGGCCUGGGAGUGGGCCUGAGCUGUGUGGGGAAGUUUCGCUGUAGAAAGUCGUCUCGCUGCAUCAGCAGUUCAGCUCAGUGCGACGGAGAGCUGGACUGUGAUCACGGCGAGGACGAACUCAGCUGUGUGCGUCUGAGUGGGAAGCGUGGCGUUCUCCAGGUGCUCAGUGGAGGCGUGUGGAGGACCAUGUGUUCAGACAACUGGAACAACAACCUGGGGCGCUCCGCCUGCAAGCAGCUGGGAUACCCCAGAUACGUGGAGUCCAGAGCCACGCCCCUCUCCUCCGUGGAGCAGGACUUCCAGAACAAUCUGGUGUCAAUCAACCUGAGCCCUUCUGGACUGCACCUCAUCAAGAUCCACAACAACAGCAACCUCAGUAAGACUCAGUGCACCUCAGGGAAGGUGACCACCAUCAGGUGUCUUGAGUGUGGCACAAGGCCCAAGAAUCCCAACCGCAUUGUCGGGGGCAAUGCCUCCACACUUGGACAGUUCCCCUGGCAGGUCAGCCUGCACUUCAGGAGCAAACACAUGUGUGGUGGCUCCAUCAUCGCCCCCCAAUGGAUCCUCACGGUAGCGCACUGCGUUUACAAGUAUUUGCCCUCCCAGCCUGUCCAGUGGACGGUGCAUGCAGGCAUCGUGCAGCAGACCCUGAGCUCGGCGCAUGCCCAGGCGGUGGAGCAGAUAUUCUACCACGACCAGUACCAGUCGGACGGCGUGGACUACGAUAUCGCCCUGAUGAGGCUGAGCCAACCACUGGCCUUCAACGGCAAUGUGGAGCCCAUCUGUCUGCCUCAUUUCGGGGAGGACUUUGAGGAGGGCUCCAUGUGCUGGAUCUCAGGGUGGGGCUCCACUGUGGACGACGGCGAGUCCAGCCUGUCUCUGAACGCAGCCCAGGUCGCCCUCCUCUCCAACAAGGCCUGCAACCGGGCGGAGGUUUACCAAGGCUUCAUCUCCCCUCGCAUGAUCUGCGCAGGCUACCUGGCGGGGGGCACCGACUCCUGCCAGGGAGACAGUGGCGGGCCCCUGGCCUGUGAGGGCCCCUCGGUGUGGAAGCUAGUUGGGGCCACCAGCUGGGGUAUUGGCUGUGCGGAGCCCAACAAGCCUGGGGUGUACACCCGCAUCACGCAGCUGCUCUCCUGGGUGCACCAGCAGAUGGAGAGGGAAGAGGCGCGCUCCUCCACUACAGAGAGCAAAGAGCACUGAAGCAGCCAGCAUUAAACACACUACCACACACACGGCUAGUUCAGUAGCUGGACGGGGAGACCUCCCCAUCGGUGGACAUGAUUGUGCUGUGACAGCAUACUUAACAGGACGGAGACAGAAUCACCGUAAAAAACACUUGUUCCUUAAGACUCUGGAGCUGUUAAACUUUAUCCGUAAUAGGGCAAUUGGGACCCAAGAAAACUAAAGUUGGAUCCUCAAAAAAUGACACUUUUUAUCCAAGAAAAAUCUCUGAGACACACCUGAUGUGAAGGAGACGCGGGACAAGCCAGAGGUUAGGCAUCGUUUAUUCCAAAAUAGAAAGCUCUAAGGCAAACCCAACAGACAGAGAGAGUGAGAAGAUACCAACGGAUGCCCGACAGUAGAGCGGUGUGUGGGCUGAGGCCCAAAAGUCAGAGCUCCUGGUCCUCCGGACCCUGCAAACAGCCGGACCACCAGAGGCCUUCGCCCGCUGCUGGUGUACAGCACAACGGUUGAGGUUUCACACACGAGAGGCAACCAACGUUUUGUGCAGCAAAAGUCCAAUAUCAACAAAUUGAUAAGUUGAGAGGAUAUGUUUUAUGAAGGGGUAUCGAAGGGCUUGAAGCCGCAGAAUGCAGUCUUUUUUCUAUUUUAUUAUUUUAAUCCUUUAAGGCAUACAACUAAAAGAGGGAGCCUAAAAUGUUCCAAAGUAGCUCUCUCUGUUCUUGAUGUGAGCACAGUUAUUUGUGUGUAUCUCUAGAUCUAGAUCUAGAGAUACACACAUUAUAUAUAUUUGUGUAAACGGUCUGUUCUUGGUUGCAAUUUGAAUUCUCAACUGUGAUUUGAAGUUUGCAUCUUAAGCGUGAUUGUGUGGUAAGCAUAGUAAUGUGGAUUGUGCACUUUGAAAAAAACAAAAAAAAGGUAGUCCACUACGCAACGAUGGUAAAAUUAUUAAAAAACACAUGACUCAUCGCAUACACAAUGUGGGGUAAAACUUGAUUUAUAUUUAAAAAGAAGAAAAAGUACUGCGAUCAAAGUUACUGAAAGAGAACCCCUGGGCGAUUCCCUCACAAUUCCCAGCCUAAAAGUAUUUUAAACUUCUCUAUUUAAAAAAAACAAGACAAGCCUUGUGUAGUUUAGUGUCCUUUGACUUAAUUUCAUUCACGUUCUGGUUUUCUGUGCUUCUUGGCUAGAUUUCUUUACAAAAGAACAUCGGUAAGGCCAUUUUUUGUAUCGCAAGUUUAAAACCAGAUUUACACAGCAAUUUUUCAAUCAGCAUUCAACUUUUUUUUUUCGUUCCUUUUUUUUACUAGAAAACUGAAAUGAAC